AUGUCAAUACUAGCAUUUAUAUCAGUAAUUCUAAGUGGAGCUGAUAUAGUCCUCAACGGGUUUAUUGGAAUAUACCAACUUGUUCUAGCAAUAGUAAUCUGAGCUUUGAUCAUCUCUGUAUUGUGAUGAAGUUGAGUCAAAUCAAAAACAUAUUUAUGGCAUGUUGUAGUAUCGAAGGUUGUCUUAUUCAUUAUUUUGUUGGUGUGUAGCUACGCAAAAAUGCUCGCUCUUGGAAAUUCUGAAAACUCACUUUGGAAAUGGUUUAGCGUGAUAAUUGCUAUUCUGGCAAUUAUCUCACUACUGAUACACGAAAUUUUUUAUUUGAAAAAUUCUUUGCCAAAACUUAAUCCAAAUAAAACCAAUAGCUUUGAUGUUUCUCCAAAAAAGACAUUAUGGGCUGCUCCAAAAGAGAAGGCAUCCACUCUUGAGAUAAAACACACAGAGAAGAAGAUUGAUACUGAAAAAGAAAACUUAAUUUAGAAAGAUAGAAAGUUUCAAGCAGGUUAAAAUACUAUACAUUUUAAGGAACGAUUUGGAUGUCCUACCUCUACCAGGAGAGCCUUUGAAAAGAUUUUCCUCUCACAAUUCUCUUGAUUAUGCAACUGAUGUUGAUGCACAGAGCAAAGGAAAUAAUGAAGGCUUAGAUAUUCAUAUGAAGGAACUUAACGACCAAAGGCAUAACAGCAAUAUCUUUGAUUGACUGAAAGUGAGAAGAGAUCGUAUUCUUAGGGAAUCAAUGGAGUCUCCAAAAUUUAACUCUAUAAAAUCAAGAGAGUCAUCAAUGAAUCCAAAUGGUUCAAAAGAUGAGGCACUAGAUUAUGCAACAUCACAAUACAACAUGCAUCGAAAUGACAUGUUUAGAAAAAGAGUACCUAUGUUUAGUUUUGAUGGUGAUAAUACAAGUUCAAUAAAGUCUAAAGAGUCGAGUAAAUAAAACUACAAGUAAAUAAGUCAUCAGAGAAUAGUCUGAUCAGUAAUAAAACGGUUGAUCUACCAAAUACACCUAAUUUUAACCCAACUUGGAAGAAGCAAUCAACAACUUCCAAAUCAAGAAGAAGGAAUGCUCAUUUCUACCAAAAAGCUUACUUUAAGAAAUUAUCAGAAAUAAUGGAGGAAACUGGGGAGGAGGUUAAAGAAGAAGACUCGUUAAUUAAGAAGAUAAAUAGAGAGUCCACCUUGAGAGUCAUCAAUGAAAUUUGAGAAAGCAACAGCGCGCUAGGUGCUCAUCAAGAAGAAGGAAUAUCUUCGUGAAGUUUAUCUGAUUUAACUUCAAAUGAUAAUACCAAUCUUGAUCAAGGAUCUGCAACUGAUAUAAGUCAGAAGUUGAGUAUUUCUUCAAAUAAGCAGUCUCGUCAGAAAGAAUCUUCAUUAACUCCAUCAGAUCAAAGCAAGAUUUCUUCCACCAAGAAGAAAAAGUCUACGCAUACUCCUGAUAAUAGUAACGUUCCACUGACCAAGGAGACUUCUGAUGUAGUAGCUCCUUAUUUCCCUAACCCAAGCUCGAACCAUGAUGAUGCCCAGAGUCAAGCUAAACCUCUCGACAAGACUUCCAAAUCCGUGCCAGUAAUAAAAACAGACAUUAAAAGAAUUUCAAAUGCUGUAAAAUAUGACUCAGUUCUCAACAUCCAAGCAAACAUAAGUGAAAAGAGUGGGGAUGGAGCUUACAACCCAUUCAAAUCGAACUAUAGACAGAGUAAGACUAGCGAAGAGUUUUAGA